AUAAAUGUAAUGUUCCUUGUGUCCUAGUUUAAUACUGUGUAGUAUAACUAGCAGCGAUGAAGUCGAUUGUCAUAUUGAUUUCUUUAAUUGGCAUAACACUCCCUUCGGCGUACUCCCGACGUGUACCGUUUUAUAGAAAAGACUACACGUACAUUGAGGAGUUUGAUGCUUUCUAUAAACUUCACUGGGACUUGAGUGGAACAAAUUGGAACUUGGCUUUCAUGACCUGCGAUGAUGAAGGCGCCACACUGUUCUAUCCGAAAAUCAAAGGAGAAUGGGCUUUGGUGAAGAAUUUGACUGAUAAAAUGACCGAAGUGCCAAAUGUGACAGAAAUAUUUGUUGGAUUCCACAACGAAUUUGACUUAGGAGAGUUUAUUACCGUUGAUGGUCAUUCGACACCAUAUCCACUAGAUGUUAACAGUCCUCAGAGUGAUUUAGGGGACAACUGCGUGACGAUGAACAUAGACAACGGCAUGUUUCAUGAGGAUAUUUGUAUUCGCACAGACAGUACACCCUUACCUUUCGUUUGCAAGAAAACCGACGACGAAUCAUGUCCAACUAUUGAUCGCGGUUACAAAUAUGUGAAAUCUUCGCGGAAAUGUUAUAAGAUAAACAAGAAACCGCACAUGUGGCAGGAUGCUAUGAAGACUUGUUUCAUGGAAGGUGGAAUACUGGCAGUCAUAGAGAACAGUGCACAAGCAAAGGAUGUUUAUGAUAUAAUCGAUGACAGUAAUUACUUUGUAGGAGUCCGAAGACUUUUCUCUCAAAGUGAUUACUAUACAGUGAAAGGUCAAAAAUUCAGCGACAUGUACAUCCACUCAUACAACAAUCAGAAUGCUGAUUGUGGAACUAUAACAGCUAAUGGUGGUAAUGGAUAUAUUUACACUUCUACUGAAGAUUGUGGCCAAAGGCUACCGUUUAUUUGCGAGAUGGAAGCACAAAAAUAAACAUUUAAUUUCAAUCAAAAUUGUGCCAGUCAGUUUUAGGAACUUAAACAACGAAAAAUAAUAAUUUUUGUCUAGGGAACAUUGUCUAUAUUAGUUUUGUGUUUUAGUUUCGGAUGUUUUUAUGUCUACUUAAAUGUCAAACGCUUUUAAGACGUUAGGUACCUAUACUUAUUAAAAAUAUAAUUAAGUAUUACCUAAUAUAUUACAUAUACUACGAUCUUUUUAUUCAAUAUCGUAAUUCUACGUAAUGACAUUAAUGUCAAAGGAAAAUUUAAGUUCACCUUAUCUGCCAUUAUUUAAUCAAAUUGUACACGUAAAGACUAAAUAAAUAAAUAUUACAUUUUUUGAUCAUUCCUUAAUUAUUUUUGUCAUCAAUAAGUAGGUACCUACGUAGAAAAAUCAAAAUGUUUUGUAGUCGAAGGAUUAAUAAUUGUAACUUCUAGUUAUAUACAAUAAAACAUUUUUAUAAGUAUAUCA